UCAUUCCAUCUGCCUCAUCUCUCUCUCACCAUCUUCCCAAAAUCCACAAAAUGAGAGCAAAUCCCUAACUCUCUUUUCUUUCUUCCUCCUCACUACUCGUUUCUCAUAGCGACGCACCACCACCGUCUCCGUUCUCCCCCCCUCCCCAUUCUCAUACCUGCAUUGAAUCGGUCUCCCCCAUCUCCUCAAUUUGAAAUCCCCAAAUUAAAUCCCUUGCGAGUGACGCAGCACCGCUGCCUUCGCCUCCCUCUCACUCCAUUCCAUUCGAGCACGCCGACCCACCACCACGGCUCCAAUCGCGCCACAGUCUUGCUGCUGUGCUCGGGUUCGAACAGCCACCGGUCUCAGGGAGGGAGAGCGCUGCUGCCUCUUCGCCGCUUCGCUGGAUUCGCGUCGCAGUUAGCCGCCUCCAUCGUUCCGGAGUCGCCGCCGUCCACACCCGCCGGUCGUCGGUGCCAGCUGUUCGCAGCUCACCACCAAAGCUGUUCAGGGUCCAGACCUGCCGUUGUAGCCAACACCCGUGCCCCGUCGUGCCAAGUUGCUGUCCGGCAGAAACUUGAUUCACCCGAAACAGCCCCAAAACAAACCACAAGGGACUAGGGAAAUAUGUCUGACGUUUUUGACGAUGAAGUUGAAGCUGAGCCCACGAUUUCAAUUGGGGAUUACCUGAAAUCUGUCGAAGAAGAGGAGUUGGAAGCAGAUUUAAUUCUGGGAGGUGAUGAGGGCAAUGAGUGUACCUACGGAAAAGGGUAUGUUAAAAGACAGGCAAUUUUCUCAUGUUUGACCUGCACACCUGAUGGGAAUGCUGGGGUCUGCACAGCGUGUUCUUUGGUUUGCCAUGAUGGCCAUGAGAUACUGGAACUAUGGACCAAAAGAAAUUUCAGAUGUGAUUGUGGAAACUCAAAAUUCGGUGAGGUUUACUGCAAGCUUUUAGCCAGCAAAGAUGUAGAGAACACAAAGAACAUGUACAACCACAAUUUCAAAGGUACUUACUGCACAUGUGAUCUGCCUUACCCCGAUCCUAAUGUUGAAGAACAAGUUGAGAUGAUUCAGUGUUGUAUUUGUGAGGACUGGUUUCACGAGAAGCAUAUCGGUCUUCAGUCUGGUGACAAGAUCCCUAGAGACGAGGAAGGCGAGCCACUUUAUGAGGAUUUCAUCUGCCAAGGGUGUUCAGUCAUCUGUUCUUUUCUUACUUGCUAUCCUCAAAUCAUUUCAGCAUCAGAUCCUUCUGAUACUGGGAAGGAAAAGGCCAUUGAAAACACUGUUUUGAUAUCUUCAGACACACUUGAUGACGACAGUAGCUCCAUUGGCUCUUGUAUAAGCAAAACAAAAUCUCUUACUGUUCCUGAAGAAGGUGAUGCAGAAGCUGUAAUUAAAGGAUGCAGUGAAGUUGCUGGGCCGAGCACCAACUGUAUUAUUGGAGGCAUAAUCGAGAAUCUCCCAGAUACCGGGAAUAGCAAACCCUUGUUUCUUUCAAAAGGUUGGAGAGAGUUUCUGUGUAGGUGUGGAAAAUGUUCGGGCUUGUAUGCCCAGAGGCGAAUUAGCUUCUUGCUCGACAAAGAGGACUCGAUCGCUGAGUAUGAGAAAAUGGGAGAGCAGAAAAGGAAUGAGAAUAUUCAGAAACUAGAGGGUGCUGAGUUGAACUUUAUGAACAAUCUGGGCCAUGUUGAGAAGAUGGAAAUUCUAAGCGGAAUUGCUGACAUGAAGAAUGAGAUAUUCUCUUUCCUGGAAUCGUCAGACCCCUCGAAGCCUGUCACGACUGUGGAUAUCCAGCAGCUUUUUGAGAAUCUUGCAAAAAAGAGAAAGCGUUCUGAUUAAGUUAUGAAGCAUAGUUGUGAAAACUGGCAAUUUAAAUCUAAAUUUGGUGUUGGGAGCAUAGUUUUGAUAUACUAUUAUUGUUUUAUGCAUCUGAAGUUCUUGACUUGGGUUGUAGAUUCUGUAUGUUAUCUUAACAGUUAAAUCAGAACUUUUUCUC